CAGUCAACACUUAGCAGAUGAACAAGACCACAUCAACGAAUACAAUGAAUUUAUCCAAAUCCUUUGCUCCCACUUGCUGUUUUGCUUGUUGCUUCUCCCGCGCACCGAAUCAGAGACAAGAUUUCUAUUUGGCGACCCAGGCCCGUGAUGCACAUUUCGUAGUUGUCAAACCAAGUUUUUCUUCCUCUGUGGAAACCAGAGACCACUUUUUGAGUUAAGUCAGGGUUAGGGAAAUCCACGAAAUGGCGAGCAGAGACGCGGUGAAAAGGGCGGAGCACCUGGUGGAGAGAGCAAUGAAAGGGAACGACGCCUCCCACGAUGCCGCGCACGUGUGGAGGGUCAGGGACCUCGCUCUCUCCCUCGCAAGAGAGGAAGGCCUCUCCUCCAACCAUCACUCCAUGGAAAUCGUAGAGCUAGCUGCACUUCUCCAUGAUAUAGGUGAUUACAAAUACUUGAGGGAUCCAUCUGAGGAGAAACUUGUCGAGAAUUUUCUUGAGGAAGAGGGCAUAGAGGACAGCAAAAAGAUAAAGAUAUUAAACAUCAUAAAGGGAAUGGGUUUUAAAGAUGAACUUUCAGGGCUUGGAAACCAUGAGUUUUCCCCCGAAUUUGGGGUUGUGCAAGAUGCUGAUCGUCUUGAUGCAAUUGGUGCUAUAGGAAUUGCUCGCUGCUUUACUUUUGGUGGAAACAGAAACAGAGUUCUUCAUGAUCCAGCCAUCCAGCCACGAUUAGACUUAUCCAAGGAACAGUACAUGAAAAAGGAGGAGCAGACUACCGUGAAUCAUUUCCAUGAGAAGCUUCUCAAGUUAAAGGAUUUGAUGAAAACUAAGGCUGGGCAAAGGAGGGCUGAGAAAAGGCACAAGUUCAUGGAGGAAUUCCUUAAAGAAUUUUAUGAAGAGUGGGAUGGGAGGGCUUGAAUGAGGUGAUUUUUCUCCACCCAGAUACAGUAUAAUUGAAGAGAGAAAAAUGAGACCAUAGAUACAAUGAAAUUACCUUAUGAAUUUUCUGUUUCUGACUAAUUAUAUUUCAGCAUUUUUCCUCCAGUUAGCCUGCUUUAGAUGCUGGCAACUACUAUCCUACGGUUCAAAAUUACUUGUGACCCAUGAAUGAUGUUUUGUGGAAGUACUAUUUUGAUUUUGAAUGGACAUAAACUGUCAAUGGUAUACAUAUAUAUGAAUAAUGUACACAUGCUGUACCCUAUAGAACUGGGUGUUGGUUAAGUUACUUCUGUGUAACUUUUUUCUUGGUU